AUGGGGACGGCCCCCGCCCCCUCUGCCCCCUUCGAGCGGGCGGUGCCGCCGUCGCUCCCGCUGGAGGCGGCUUGGAGUCGGUCUUGGGAGAAACGUGCAAGUUCGUGCCGGGGGGAAGCCGAGCCGCUGCCGUCAGAAGGCAGAGCGGUAGCACAGCAUCGCCUUAUGCCGCGGCUUGUCCUGCAGAGCACCCGCUCUAGGAACAGUCAAAUAGAUGAUCAGUAUAAGAAGUAUGUGAACCUGAAACAUCACAUGGAGAGAAAAAUCCAGGAACUUGAAGGAGAGCAUCAAGAACUAGCUCAUGCUGCUAAGGAAAAGGAUGCAAUGCCAGCUUCAGUAGAAGAAGCACAAGUCAAGCAAUUAAAAAAGCUGAAGCAGCAGAUUAGAGAACUGCAGACAAGACAUAAAAGUCUGGAAAUUGAGCUGUGCAGAAGAGAGUGGAGUCAUAGUGCUUGUUUAAGGGAGAAAGAUGCUCUUAUUAGAGAAUAUGAACAACAACUGUCUCUGGCAGCUGAGAGAGAGCGAAUUCUUGAGCAGAAUAAAGUGCAAGCAGAACAGGACUGGCAGCAGCUCUGUGAGAAUGCUGAAAGUGAUCAGUGUCAGAAAUCAGAGGAUCUAACACAAAGCCUGUCUUCAGCAGGAGAACAGGGAGAACAGACAAUACAAACAUGCUUUAAUCACAGUAUUUUACCUGAAGGGGAGAAACAGAUAUUUCAGUAUGAUGAUAGAAGUUCUCUGAGCACAGAUGCUUCUACCUUGGAAAUAAAAAAGCUGCAGGAGCAGAAUGCCAACCUUCGGGCUGCCAUUGCACAAAUGAGGAAAGAAAUGGAGAGUCUUGAUGAGCGCACAUCGUCCUCUCUUCCUCCAACAGAAAACAGACAGCCUGCAGAGCAAGGUUCACUGAUCACAAACAAAAUUUCAGCUGGAACCACUCUGAGCAAUGUCAAAGUCAGCUCAGCUAACUCAGAUUUUAUAGUGAACCCAGAGAUGGAAAAGGGGCCAAACCCCAAAGUUCCUGAAGAAAAGAUAGUAAAUCUUGGACAACAGUUACCUGAUAUAGGUCCUGGUGCUUUUCUUCAGUAUGGCGUCAGCUACACUCUACAAGGAAUGCAAAAUAAACUAAAGAAAGCAGCACAAAAGAUCUCAAUUCUGAACCAAGAGAAGCAGCAGCUGAUUGAAAUGGGAAACAGACUCAGGGCAGAACUUGGAAUGGCAUUAAAGGAAGGACUUUGGCAUCCUUCUAGCUCUAAGCACUGCACAGUUUGUAUUGCCUCUGGCAGCCUUUUUCCAAGGGAGCUUGUCAGAAGGACACGGUGUCAGCUGUCGGCUUUAAAGCAUCUGCAGCACAGCCUUGUGACACAGGAGCUGCAGUAUGCAAAGCAACACCAUCCUUCAAGGAUCCCUUCUGUAAUGACCUGGCCUAACUUAAAGGAAGAAUGAGCUCCAAGCAGCUAUCAUGGGCCAGGGCAACGAAGGACAGACCCAUCCUCAAGGACCAUUCAGAGUCAGCCACUCAAGCAGAGUCCUGGUCAAGCCCAGCAGCCCCAGCUUCCUUUAUCUAGAGCAUGGAAUUGCUGCCAAGAUAUUUGGCAAACUUUAGAAAUGGGAUCAAGCCCUUCUGUUCCCAGUCCUCUUAAGAACACUGACCAAGCAGUGGAGUUUGAAGUUAUACAGUCAACUGAGCAAUCUGAAGAAUCUCAGCAAAAUAACGAAGCCAAGGAUAAACUUGAAAUGCUAUCUGCAGAUUUGACAGUCAGAGGGACCAGGCUGGAAGCUCAGCAGAAGUUAAAAUCCAGGCAUGUAUCUGGAUUAUCCCAUAAAACAUAUCCCAUAAACCCCAAAAUCUCUUCUAAAGCAGCAAAAAUCCGCAACUAUAACAUUAAAGACUGA